AUGGUAACCAGCACAGUUUCCCUCCACGCUUUGCACAACAGAAAGUUGAGCCGCCUUCUUGACUCGGACGAAGGUCUUGUUCAAGAAAUGGAAGUAACCGGUAUUCGAGCUACCAUAGGCUCCGACGCCUGGAAGAAUGCAAGUAUAAGAAACAUCAGGCUUUCCCACACAGUUGUGAACCGUAGUGACAAAGCUUGCGAUCUUGGACAACAACUCGACCCGCUGCCAUCGUUAAGAGAUACAAGCAUUCAACAGAGUAAUGCAAGGAUUCAUGCCUAUGUUCGAGCCACAAGGGCCGUUUUGGUAAAACUUCGAGAAAGUUUUUUGGACACAAAUGAAGAGAUUAAAUCCCUUUUGAGAGGAAAACAGGAUCUAGAAAGGACUUUGGAGCAUAUAAGAAAAGAUAUCAUCCUCAAUACAAAGUCUACAAUGCAACGGCAGACAAGGCCCCUUCGAGAAAAGGUAACUCGAUCUACUUCUGAAUAGUUUAGCAUAUUAUUCCCUAAGUAUGUUUUUCGAAAUAUUAGUUUUAACCAGAGGAAUUUCGCUUUUAGACACAGAGGAAUGUCGAGUGCUUUUAGAAUCAAUUAAUUCGAGCUGAACAGAAAUAUUAUGCUAAAGGCUUCAUAACUGUCCGUUCGUUUCCGGAUUUUUCUCCGUGAAGCAAUAUCCAUUCUGAUUUGUGGGUUUUAAGGUUAUAGUUUUAACGAAUAUGCAAACGUGAAAGGCAGGUGCUAUCAUUAUAUUGAUGACAUUCUCAAUCCUCAUUUUGCGCUUUGAUGAUAAUAAAUUCGGAAACAUAAUUGUAUAUUGACUUCAAGCAAAUGUAUAGAGAAACAAAUUAACUGUUGGCUACUCUAAUAAUUUCCAAACUUAUUUUUAGGGUCGUGUGUAGAGUACUGGAAAAAUGGUUUUAAAAUUAAAAAGAAGUAGCACUUACCGUGAACCAAAAUCAAACCUGGUGAAAAAGUGCGCGAUAUUAGACUAGCCGGAUCGCGUAACCAUGCAAAACAACAAGACAAAAGCUCACGAUUGUUUAUUAAAUUUUCUAGUAAUUGUUUAUGCUUAUUGCUCAGCUUGGGGUAUGCUGUAUUGAAAUUAAAAUAGUUUCAAUUAUUAUGACGAGGUUGUACUGCUUUGUCUUAGGAAGAGAAGCAUUAUUAUCAUUAUGAUUUUUUUUUUAAAUUAGAGUUACAUGUAUCUCUUCUAUUGCAGAGAAAGGUCCUUACUUUUUAAUUUUUUUUUUUGGAACUCCUCCCCCACCCUUUAUUGUUUCCAAAACUAAACUAAGGGAAUUCCCCCCCCCCCUUAAGCUUUCACUCCCCAUCAGGUUACGGGAAGCACAUUUUUCUCGGGAUGUCAGUGGAUGGGUAGAAAUUUGACACAAAAAUUAUAUUUAUAGUUAGUGAAUGCAAAAAUUUUCAGAGGUACUGAAGACCUUUUGCUGUAACCAACUUUGCUGUACUCCACAGAAGCCUCUUUUUGCCACUAGGCGAGACCAGGGAAAGGUGGACAAGAAAGAGUUUUGGAAGGACUUUUCCUUUGCGUCUUGUUAACUAGCUAAUAUAACUAUAGGCCAUUUGCACGAAGAGGUCAUGUGACAUUGUUUUUAUGAAACUGAAAGUUAUAUGAUUUUGCCUUUGAAAAACGAUUAGUGGGUCAUAUCUUAAACAAAGUAAUAGUGAUUUGUCGUUUCAAACCCGCACCAUUUUCUUAAAAUAAGUAAGUUCGUAUUUAGUCACGUGAUCAAAAUGUGAUUUUUAAAAUUAUGAAUUAUCUCUUUCUGAACACAAAUUUUGCACUUAAACGUCAAGGAAAAUGUUGAAAAGAUGAUGUGGUAACGUUUACAGCACAUCUGAGCGUAACUAUCAAACGUUUAACAAGAUAUAAGCAAAAAGUAGUUUUGGCCGCCAUGUUGAAGGGCAAGAGUAUGCCCUCCAACAUGGCGGCCAAUACAAAUCAUACUACUUUGUUGAAAAAUCAAACAUACAAGAGGUAGUGGAUGAAUGCCACUUAACCUCCCCCCUCCCCCCAGUCCCAUCCCCACCUUCAAAAUGUAAAUACAGUGUUUUUCCUCCAAUGUUUCUUAGAAUGACUUAACAAGACCCGUCAACUUAUUUUUAAAAAGAGAUGUCAGUUUUGCACCUCCCCCACCCCCCACCCCAGAAAAAGAUCAAUAGCAUUAAGAACAAAGCAUUUAAUUUUUUAAAUAUCAUCGUAACAUAUUUUAGACCUCAUAAAUUAACUUACAUGUAAUGCCUAAGUUCCUACAUAAUUUUAUUUGCAUAAAUCUGAAUUUAAGUAACUUCAACAAAGAUGGCAGCCAUUAUACAGUCUAAGCAGCCAUUCUGGACAAAGCACAGGACCUGAGAAAUUAAAAUCGGACAACUCGUCAUCUCACUUCACACCCCACUUAAUUAAGCUUUCCUUUUUUCCACCCCGGCAUUUUCAUUCUAAGUCGCUGAACCUAUUUGUGAGGAUAAAACAAUAAACCACCUUGAAUCAUCAGAUGGCCAUUGAUUACCUACAACAGUUACUAUGGUCACCUAAUGUAGAAGCCAGGUCAUUGAAGGGUAACUUUAUGUGUGUGGCUUUCAUGCCUAAUUUUCCUAGUGAAAAAAACACUCCAUAAUAUUAAUUUACCAAAAACACAUUCAAAUCUUGGACUUAGAAGCUACCACAAACACACUGUCAGUGGAUUCCAAUUUCCAUACUUUAUUACCUUUUAAUGCCUAGUGAAAACAGAAAAGGAAAAAAAUGACCUUAUAGGGGUAACACAAUAAUAAUAAUAAUAAUAAUAAUAAUAAUAAAUAAUAAUAAUAAUUUUAUUUAUAUAGUGCUAAAAUCCAAUAAUUGUCCAAAGCGCUACCUAAUUACAAAAUAAAAUAUAAAAAAUAUAAAAUAUAAAAUAUCUACAAUAUACAAUAUAAUUCAAAUAUAGAUUAAACCAUCUCAAAACAAAAGGUAUUUUUAUGCUAACAAAUUUUUAAGGGAUUGAAAAGUUGCCACAAGCAUUUCCUCUCUAGAAAUCCCAACUUUAGGCAGGAGGAACCAGGUAUUUUUCAUUUGUGACCCACAUGGUCAAGAAUCCCAACUGGCAGGAGGAACCAAUUGGCUACAAUUUACUUACAAGCUUGACUGAGGAGUUGAGUUCAGGACUUACAUACUAGGAACAAAAAUCCAGCUAGCACUAGGUCAGGGAUUGGAUAGAGCACUGCAAUUAUUGCAGUGCUCUAACCACUUGGCCAUGUUAGCUCCGUUCAUACUAAUCAUAUUAAAUUUGCUUAAUUUUGACCAAAGGAGUCUGAUGGUGCAGAUGACCUUUUGACUGCAGAACGGCAACAUUUGCUAAAGUUAAAGCGGAUUUUGGAAGCACAGCUACGCUCAGUGCAGAAGCAGCUUCAGGUGCUUGAUGGUGCCAGACGAAGGCUCACAGCCUGCUUACAAGAAAGGUCUAGGGUGUUGGACCUCAUAUGCCAUGCUGUGUCCUCAGUGCGAGGUGCGGGUAUCAAGGAGGGGCAGGCUGAGAAACCUGCCACUCCCCCAGUGGAGCCCCUGGGUCCUUAUACACCAGAGUGUGCAAGGGUGAUUUCAACAGCAGCAGAAGCGAGAGAAAGGUCUUGUAACCUGCGUAAGGAAGUUGCUGAAGCAAUCGAGCAGACAGUUAAGCUUCAGAAGGCUGCACACCAAUCUGUGAAUGAUGGUCUCACACAAAAGGUUGCUGAAACAGUCACCAUGAAGGUGAGGUACAAUAGGGUGCAAUGAAAGGAUAGUUUUAAGGGCAAGCUGCAGUUAGCAUGUACUAACACAAAAGUCUUUAACUAGCCCACACGAUCAGCAGGAUUAAUUAGAUGUUGAUUUAUAUUACAUGUAGCUUUUUCAUUACCAGCAUUAUUAAUUCAUUCUUAAAUAAUAAGGGAUAGAAUAUUAGAAAAGUUAUGGGGGAACAAAGUACAAAAAAAUAUUCAUCCAAGAGAGAAUCUUACGAAAAAAAAAAGAAAAAAUACUUUUCCAAGGGAAAAUCUUUUGGAAAAAAAAAUAAUGCACUGGCCUAAAAAGAUACAUUUAUCCCUGCAUGGUCUAAAAAUAACAUUCAAGCAAGGGAAAUGUUAAUCAAAAAAAUUCAUGCAGCUCUAAAAUUCCCAACCCCCAGCUAUUAAACUUUUCUGAUAGUUCCGUUCAUCCCUAACUGUAAUUAUUUCCCUUUGUUUAAGAUCAGCUUGAAAAACAGCUCUAACCUUUUUAAAUUCGUCUUACAGUAACUGUAAUUUGAAUUCCCCUACCCCAAACAACAAUUCACUUGCCAGCUGGGCAAGGUAAGAAAAGAAUUCACUAGCCCAACAGCAAAUUCCACUAGCCCCAGGCUAUCAGAUAUGACUUUCUGUGUACACAGUCAGGUAGAUACAUUUACAUAAGGUUAUCAUGGCAAAUUGCAUUUUUAUUUGUCUUGUCUGUAGAAUCAAUUUUGAGAUUAAUUUUGUUUCCUUUUAGCAACACCUUUUGGUUGGAGCUGGAGAAACUCGCAUGGCCAUACACCGUAGUAAACGCUGGUAUGAUGCAACUGAGAUGGCCCUUGGAUAUACACUGGUAUGUUGGAUUUGACAAAGAUAUGAAAUAAAUUUCCCUUUCAGUAUUAUAAACCAUUAGGGGCUCUUGAGAUCUUGUCAAGGUGAGCAGGGAAACAAUAAAUAAUAUCAAAGAUGUGGAUUCUCACAUGUGAGAUUGUCUCAUUACCAACAGUGUGUGGUUGGGAAACUGAUUAUCUAUGCCUACCUCUCCCCAACCCCUCCCCCACGUAGGAGGAACUGGAAAUUUAAAGGAGAAGGGGUCUGGGAAGGGGGAGGGGAGGAAAAGUACAUUACAGUACUGCAUUGUUCAAUGUUCCCCUAUACAUUUGAUUGUGGGCUUCUGUUCAUGCUAGCCUGCGUUGGUGUUUGAUGGUGAAGGGCAAGGAGGAUUAAGUUCAGUAACUUAACUGUAGUUGGGAAUGGAAUGCCGGCAAGGAUGCUAUAUUUUGGCACCAUUCCACCCCUCAUUACAAUCCAUGAGCAAUAUUCCACUUUAUAGAACUUAUUUCAAGUACCUUUUACGGCAUGGUUUUUAUUUAUUUUUUUUAAUAUGCUAUGUUACUGCAGGGUCCAGUGGCUUAUUCUGAUCUGACUACACGUGAGCGUCUGGACCGUCCAGCUGUACAGGUUUACCAGCGCCACCCAGGUAAUCAGCUGCCUGAAGCUCGUGAGAUUGUCAAGGGAGGAGAGGGGUUACAAGAAUCUCUGAACGCCACAGCCCGUAAUAUUGGUCUGCUGACCCUUACCAGAAAGAGAGUUGACGAGGAUGCCAGAGAUAAGCACCAUGGUGCACUUAUUGAUGCAAGUGUUGUUCGCACUCGCAGACGCCUUGGCAAUCACCGUUGGGUUAUAAAUGGUGUUGGAUGUUAAUUAAUAAAUAGUGCAUUUAAAACUUUUCUGACAUGACUCAACUUUAAACUGAUUUUUUCUAUCAUAUUUUCUUGCCAAUGAGCAUUAUUACCAAAUCUGGCAUCUUGGAGAUUUCCAUAGUAUGAUUGUAAAUCUGAACUUGCAGUAAUCCAAAACUAAUACGUAACUUAAAAUCUGUCUGAUUUAUUUUAUACUUCUACAUGUACAGUGUAGCAAUUUACUUUGGAAUGAAUUAUGGAAGAUACAUUUAUCAAUAAUAUAUGCAAGAAAGUGAAUGAAGAUAAUGUUAAAAUUUUGCGCUUCACGCAAGUUAAUUGAACUGUGAAUCCACAGAUUCAAUGAUUCUGCGCUUGCUGAUUCACAUAGAUUUUAAUGGUUCUCACUAUUUUAGGAUUGCUCUUGUAUUAAAGGCAGAAGUAAAUUAGGCAUCAUUACUUAAAAGAAGUUUAUUUAUUGUGAAGUCUAAAACUUAUUUUAAAGUAUUGCAUGCACAUGAUCAGAACAUUAAAUGCAAUAAUUUAAAUGUAACUUGUGGGAGAGAUUUAUGCAGAAUCUGUACACAAGCUACAAAUUAAAUAAGAGCUUCACUCUAAAGGGUUUUUUUCCCCAAAAAUAUUCUGUGCUGUCAUGAAAUAGGUGUGAUAACAAUAAAAGCAAUAGAGUGUAAAUGUGUGAAUAAAUUCU